ACUUUGUGCGUCUUCAACUCAGUGAUGACGCAAGCUGCGUCUAAAAACACACGAAGAAGACCAACAUAUACGAAACGCGCUCUGUAGAGCUGUUCGUCCGUUAGAGCUUACUGUACAAAACAUGGCUGCGCAACGUAACAAAUUCCAUGUAGAUAGGCCCGCUCCCUAUGUAGAUACAACUGGUUUAUUCUAAGGUAAUAAAAACGUAACUUUUCAUUACGUAAGGUUUUUAUACACAUCUAAAGACACAGUUUUGUAUGUUAUAUUGCAUUUCUGUUAAUAUAUCAUACAAAACAUCCCGCACUGUACCUUUAAUGGAAACGAGUCUUUCCGCGAUAUUGUUUUAAUCGACAUUUAGAAAACAUACAUUUUCUUAAAUUUUGCGCAAAUCUGUAAUGGAAACCGUUGCGCAACGUUUUGCUACGGAACGACACUUUUCCUGGAAACGGUUUGCAACUGUGUGCAACAUACGUUUUCUCUUGUUUGGUGGGUGUGUCAAGAAUGUCAGCCCAAACAGCAGCAACAUGUAUAUAACCCACGCGGUAUUAAAGAGACAGCUCGCACAAUGGGUCCAAGUAAAGUCGUUUAAAUGUGUCCGCUGCAGCUCGGUAUAAGCAACAAUUGAAGAUAUUAGAAAUAUGUAUUUUGCAGUAUUCAACACGUAUUUAUUUACGCGAACGCGUUCCGGUUUCCGUUGGUCAGGAGAAAUAACCGAAAUACGGGAGAAAUCACAAAACGGGAGGGUGGCAGGAGAUGGGUGUGAAAAACUGGAGACUCCCGGCGAAAAGGAGAGUGUUGACAGAAAGCGGAGACAGCGAUGAGCGUUUGUCAAGACAAAACGUCUUUGAGUUGUUCGGGAAGCAAGGAAAAUUUAAGCAGCUGUGAAUGGGGAAGGAUGGAUGAUGCUUGCACGUCGUGCUUUGAUGAACCCACGGGCGAUGCGAUCUGCGGCCGGAUGGAUGCGGUGCAGUCGGGGAUUGACGGCAAUCUUCCCCUACCCCGAGGGCAACGCGGACUAUCACAGGACGGUAUGAUGUUAGGCCUUGUAGAAGAGAGUUAUGCUGGCUAUCAUGAUCGUCUCGUUGCUGAUCCGGAGACAGAUUAUCUUGAUAUUCCCGGUGACCCGAACUACAGCAUAAGUGAUGGGAACGUUGCUACGAAAAAGCGCAAUCGCUCAAACAGUUCCCGACACCGUGGUGAGGUUGUCACAGAACUCGGACCCGAAGAGGUGCGUUGGUUCUACAAAGAGGACAAAAGGACCUGGAAACCGUUUGUUGGUCACGAUUCUCUGAAAAUGGAGCUGGUUUAUCGCAAAUUUUGCGAACUUAAUCCGAACGAGGUCACGCUGAAGGAUGCUGGUGAAGAGGCAGAGUAUUUAUUUGAAGAAGUAUCAGGAUGUGAAGCACUGGGUUUUGUGAGGCAAACGGCGGCCGUCGCAGCGCUGCCGGUACCCGAGAGUUUGGAUGCUGCAUGUUUAAAAGACGAGACGGACCUGGAUUCAGAAAGCAUUAACGUGGAGGCAGUAUGCGUACGCGGAGGGCUCUACGAGGUGGACAUUAAAAGGAAGGACUGUUACCCUGUAUACUGGAACCAACAAGACCAUAUCCCAGUCAUGAGAGGCCAGUGGUUUACAGAUGGCACCUGGUUGCCUUUGGAGCAAGAGGAUAGUGACCUCAUUGAACUGGAGCACCUGGAACGUUUCCGAGGACAGCAGAUGAAAGACACGUUUGACACAGAUGUUGUGACUACCACGGUGGACAGCAAGGAUGCCAUUCACAGUCUGAAACUGAGCCGGAGUCAUGUGGACUGGCAAAGUGUGGAUGAAGUGUACCUUUACAGUGAUGCCACCACCUCCAAGAUAGCACGAACUGUCACACAAAAACUAGGAUUCUCCAAAGCUUCUAGCAGUGGGACCCGUCUUCACAGAGGUUAUGUGGAGGAGGCUGCUCCAGAGGACACGCCCCCUGAAACAACACAUAUAGUCUUUGUGGUGCACGGGAUUGGCCAGAAAAUGGAUCAAGGGCGCAUUAUUCGAAAUACAAGCAUGAUGCGUGAUGCUGCUCGUAAGAUGGAGGAGAAGCACUUUUCUGAUCGCAUAAAUGAACAUGUUGAGUUCCUUCCGGUGGAGUGGAGAUCUAAACUGGCCCUUGAUGGAGACACUGUGGACUCCAUUACUCCUGAUAAAGUGAGGGGUCUGAGAGACAUGUUGAACAGCAGUGCAAUGGACAUUAUGUACUACACAAGCCCCUUGUACAGGGAUGAGGUUAAAACAUCUGCUUCACACACAAUCACACGGGGUCUAACCAAAGAAAUGAACCGACUCUACACGCUCUUCUGUGAGCGCAACCCAGAAUUUGCAGAGAAAGGAAAAGUAUCUAUCGUCUCUCACUCUCUUGGCUGUGUCAUCACUUUUGACAUCAUGACAGGCUGGGACCCUGUACGCUUUGUUUCUGAAGUGGUGCCAGAUUCCAUUGAGACUGAUAUAGGCAGACACAGCUAUGAACAGCAACUAUUGGAUGAACUUCGACUGGCACGCUUAAG